GCUACAGGGUAACUUAGUUUGCACUGGGUUGGACUUAGUAAUUUGUCUCCUCCUUUCAAACCCCGCUUCUCAGCUCAAGAUCUUGCCCGAUAUUGGAUCACAUUCUAUGUCUAUUUGAUGGGCACGGGAACAAUCUGCAAUACUGCUCUGGCCCAGAAAGAUACAUCAUGAGCGAAAGAGAGGCAAAGCGCAUUCGACAGGCCUGUCAAAACUGCAGGCGGAAGAAAACACGGUGCUCCGGCGAGCGGCCCACCUGUGUGUUCUGCGCCCGCCUCAAGCAAACGUGUACCUACGGUGAUUUCUCAUUCUCCGUUGAUGGAGAGCGCCCGCUUCUGUCUCGUCAACAGCGCCAGCCCGAAACAACAUACCCUAACGGAACAGUGUCUGCAUCAAUAGAUGCUGGCUCAAUGAGCUCGCAAGAUGCAGCCUUGUCCGCCAGAGUUGCCAUGCUCGAGUCUCAACUGAACUUGCUGAAUAACACUGGGAGGGGAAACCUUUUCCUUCCUAUGGGUGCGCCUCGAACCCAGCGUCGCACUUGGACAACGCCAUCUACCUCAGCGUCGUCACAGUCGUUCACGUCGCUACCGUCACCAACAUUACUUGAGUCCCUGACGGACACCUACUUUCAGUAUUGCCAUAGCCAACCGUAUUACUACUUCACGGAAGAAAGCUUCAGACGUCGCCUCUUGGCAAACGCCUUGCCCAGCUGGCUCCUGCUGGCAUUUGUGGCGACAGCUUGCAGGUUCUCUGAAGAGCCGUGCUUCCAAGGACGCCAUGAAGAAGCAGUCGAAAGCUAUGCGGACACAGGAUGGAGUGAGAUUCACGAAAAAGUCUUCAGCCAGGAUGACUUCAUGAAUGUACACACAGUCCAGGCAGUUAAUAUGCUGGCUGUUAUAGACUUCACAGCCGGCAAGAAUCAGCGUGGCUGGGUCAAAAUAGGUCUUUCCGUCCGCUUCGCAGAAGCACUGAAUCUAUCCUCCGAGCCCGAUCCUGCCCUGCCAAUGUGGCUCCAGGCGGAACAUCGCUGGACUUUCUGGUCCGUCUACCUACUAGAUCGUCUAGUUUCUUGUACCCCCCAGCACAAACCAGCUAUCCAGGACACUGAUUGCACCCUGGAACUACCACAGCAGCUUACAGGACCGCAACACGCAGACGGGCACCGCACAGGGGUCAAGCUAGCAUCUUUGCACAGCAUGACCAACAGUGCCGCAGAUAUUGACCAAGCUGGACAUUUCGUUCUUGUGGCGUCCGCCCUGGGGAGGGUUCAGAAAUACAGCUUGAGGUCAGCCCCAUGCCAACAUGCCUACCCUCCGUGGGACUUCCGCAGUGAGUUCGCGUCUAUCAAUACCACCCUCAUGACAUUUGAGUCGUGUUCGCCGCUCGUUUGGGCCAGCAUCGACACCGUCUUAGACGAAACAAGCUUGGUAGCAGCGGAAAACGGCACGACAGCGGAGACCAUGGGUAUUCUGUGCUUUUCUCACGCUCUCUACUUCACCUGCCAAUGCAUACUCAACCACCCGUUUCUCACCCUUCGGGUUCUCUCAUCGCAGAAAGAAGCUGUGCCGUUUUCCUUUGCUCGGUCCACACUUCUGGCAAGCCGAGAAAAUGCUGUCAAACUAACGCUGUUAUUGCAAUACUUAUUAAGGAAGCGAGUUUGUCUCACGAGCUUUCUGGGGUACAGUGCCGUGUGCGCCGGUGUUACUCAUCGUUUGUUUAUGAGUCAUCGCGAUGUUACAAUCCAAGAAACUUCUCGUCGAAUGUACGACUUGACACUCCAAUUCCUUCGCGAGGCUCCUGUCCGCUGGCAGAACUACCGCCGAAUGGAAGAGUUCUUAUCAGCAUUUGACCCAGAACCAGAGGCGACAGCAUCUCUAGUCAACCCUACCUUCCCCGUAAAGAUGACAUCUCAUCCAAAUGCGGAAGAGAUGUGCAGUCUUCUCGACUAUUGUCGGAUGUCAGACCAAGCCACAAACACGAAAAGAGCCUCGAGCAGUACAUCACAGACAGCACCACCGCCACCACCAAAAGACACACAUUUGCAAGACUGGACUUCUAUCUCGACGGUAGAUUCUUCCGAUCAUCAAUCUGCGGGGCUUGAGCAACCGUUCAACGUCGAUAUCGAUGCCCUACUUGCCAUGGGUCUAGACCUUGAGGAGUUGAGUCGUGUGAACAGCAAUACAGCUGGCUCCAGUGACUGGUCCCAGCUGUAGAUUCAAAAUAUGAGUCUUGGGGAUGAUACAUUCAAAUUCAAUGUACUGCAGCCUCGAAUUCACGUGUUGACACAAAUUGAGGCCCUAAACUCCUGUCGAAGCAACAU